AUGACGCUGCUCGAAGUUAUCUCCAACGCCGUAACGAAUCAGGACCGAGUCGACUCGCAAACCGAUUACCCACUCACUCUUAGCAACGAUGGUAUCUUCUCAAAUCUGAAACCGAAGCUAGAAAACCCUAAUCUUGGUAACCUUAUCAAUCCAAUUUCUGGGUGGGAUAUCUCUAAAACCGAUUCUGAAAUCAUCGAUUUGGGUAAAAGCUUUUCGUCUAAGCUCAAAAGGAAGCUUAAGGAUACGAACAGAUUUGAUAAACCUGAGUUCGUCACUAUGUUGAAGCAGUUUCUUGAGAAAAUUGGUGAGAAAGUUGGGGUUUUAGUAAAACCACAGGAAGAAGUUGAGUCUGAUGAAGAGUUAAAGGAUUUGGUAGGGAAAAAUGGGUUUCUGAUGGGUAGAGAUGUAUCUGGUUUAGUUUUGAGAGGUUGUAUUCGUCUAGAAAUGUGGGAGCUAGUGGAAAUCUUGAUUUCAAAGUCUUUGGUUGAUCAUUCUUCCUACUCUUAUUUAGUUAGCGGUCUUGUUGAGAAGCAACGGUCAGAUUUGCUAUGUUCUGUGAUCAAACAAGCUUCAGAUCUUGGAGCGAAUGAGCUUCUUUCGAUCUUGAAGUAUUUUCUUUGCCCGUCAAAGGAAGCAAUUAGCAGUAUGGUUAAGGUAAGAGAAGAAUGGGACAAUCAGGCUUUGUUAGCUAUUGAAAAGGCGAGCAACCAAGAGGUAUCAAACAAGUCUACAGUUGCUGAGGAUGCUUCUAUCUUGCUGAUGGUUGCUCACGACGGGUUUUCACCCUCUGAGCUUUGCUUGCAUUACUUGUUAGCUUCGUCUAAUGUCGAUGAAGUCAUGUUUGCAUCUGCAGUUAGUAAGUUGAGUGGCAAUGAGAUGAGAAGCUUUCUUCGAUACCUCUCUAAAUGGAUGAAGAAGUACGAGAGUUUCCCUCAAGCUGGUCCAUGCCCUACAGCUGCGCCCAAGCUCGGUUUGAAACUAUGCAACUGGAUUCCUAAACUCGAAGACAUAACCAAAUGUUUGGGUUUUAUUAUCGAUGAGAACUUCUCUACUCUGGUUCUUCACUCGGAUUUGCAUGAAGAGUUAAAGUCUAUUGGAAAAGUAGCAGAUGGUUUGGCUUCAGAAUCAAAACUUUGCUGUUUUAUGGCUAAUGUGGUUGAAAGUUUGAAACUUGGAGCUGCCCAAAACUAA